GUUAUUGGCGGGGAAAUGGCCGAUCGUUUAAUACCGGUACCGCUCAGUUCAGCGCCAACCGACCAGGCCAUACGUGUAGUCAAGGCGUUCCAAGCUGGCUUGGACCGUCGCGAACCUUCACUGAGUGGCCCAAGCGCUGCUCGCUUACGUGAAAUUAGCCGACAGCUAAAGUUACAAGUCGAGCAAGAAGGAAAAGGCACAGUGCCACGAUCAGGCUCCCGACAGUCGAAACAGAUGGAAGCAAUGUCAUCUGUGUGA